UCAGAAUUUUCAAAGACGUUUAUUCUGUUCUUGUACGUCAAAAUGUAUAAAAUGAAGACGAUUUUGCUAAGUGUGAUUUCGAACGAAGCAAGAAAUUGAAGUGAAACGCAGCACAAUACGAUUGUGUGAGCUUCAGUUUGAACAGGGAUAAGAGAAAAAAAAAUGUGGUGGUUGGGAAGAAAAGGACCUUCUGGAUUCUCAGCUUAUUCUACUGCCGAGGAAGUUACUCAGGGAAUUGAUGCCACUGACUUCACUGCCAUUGUUACAGGGGCAACAAGUGGUAUUGGUGCUGAAACUACACGCGUGCUUGCAUUACGCGGUGUUCAUGUUGUUAUGGGGAUCAGAAAUAUGGCAGCUGGGGGGGAGAUCAAGGAAAGAAUACAAAGAGAUAACCCAUCUGCAAAAAUUGACAUGAUGGAGCUGGACCUUAGCUCACUGGAAUCAGUUAGGAAAUUUGCAGCACAAUUCAAAUCUUGUGGUCUUCCUCUGAAUAUACUUGUUAAUAAUGCAGGAAUCAUGGCAACACCAUUCAGGCUCUCCAAAGACAAUAUAGAACUACAAUUUGCAACAAACCAUGUAGGUCAUUUUCUUUUGACAAACUUAUUGCUUGAAACAAUGAAACAGACAGCUAUUGAACAAAGGAAGGAGGGAAGGAUCGUGAAUGUCUCAUCAAGACGUCAUAAAUUAUCAUAUCCUGAAGGGAUUAGAUUUGAUAAAAUUAAUGAUGAAUCAGGGUAUAACAGUUUGUCUGCAUAUGGGCAGUCAAAGCUUGCCAGUGUUUUGCAUGCCAAUGAGCUUGCCAGACGGCUUAAGCAGGAAGAGGGCACAGAAGUAACUGCAAACACAGUUAGCCCAGGACCAAUUGCCACCAGUCUAUUUCGUCAUCACAGUUUAAUAGAUGUGUUUGUUGGUCUACUUGGUAAAUAUGUGAUGAAAAAUAUCCAGCAGGGAGCAGCAACUACAUGUUACGUUGCAUUGCAUCCACAGUUAAAAGGGUUGAGUGGCCGUUACUUUGCGGAUAGUAACUUAGCUGAAGCAAGUUCACAAGCAGUUAAUCCAGAGCUGGCAAGGAAACUGUGGGAACAUAGCUCAAAUUUGGUCAAAUCUUGAUAUUAUGUUACCUAACCAAUAGGGACUAAUAUAUGACAGUUUCUUCCUUCAUCUUAUCAAAUUUCUCCUUGCACCCCUGAAAUAUGUUUCCGAAAUUGAUUUAGUGCGUUCCAAAAAAUAGAAUCUGCCCCUAAUAUAUAGUCACAAUUAUCAGACGUAAGAAUGAUCCAUUAAAAAUUGAACAUGUUAGAUAAAUAAGUGAGUUGAUAUCUUAUCAUAGCUAGACUCUGACAAGAAAUUCCAAUUAAUGUGAGAUGUAUCUACAGGUAUCUGAUUAUGUUCCAAUUUCACAUGGCUUAAAAGUAACGCAACUUUAUCUCUGGUGCGCUCAUUUGAGGAUUAAUCAUGUAAUUGCUGAACAUAUUCUUCUGCACUAAUAAGGUUCCUAUCAUCCCUUUUGGCAACUCUUAUAUCUUGGAAUCUAUACUCUUUUUUCAAAUUUUAAAGUAAUUAAUUUUAGAAUUAACUAUGUUUUCGG